AUGAAAGUCAAACAUCCAAAAAAACAUAAUGUUUCAUUAAAUAACAUAAGCGCAUAUAUUAAGGCAAACUGUAUAUAUGAAGAAGGUAACAUAAAUAGAAAAAAGAAAAAGAACAAAGUUAAAAAACAUGUUAUUAUAAAAAAGACUUCCAAGAACUUAUAUAAAUUUAGGACCUUUCUAAGUAAUAAAAUAAAUUUAAAAAAAGAAGAAAAUUUUUUUAGUUAUUUUGAAUUAUAUUAUUAUCAAAAUAAUGAAAAAAUAUCUGAUAAUUUUUGUCUAAAUAAUUAUGAUAAAUCGAAGAGUAAAAAUUUUGAAAUGGAUAACUUCGAGCAAUUUAGAAGAUAUUUGAAGAGCACUAGUAAUAUUAAUGUAAAAAAUAAUAAUAAUAAUAAUAAUAUAAGUAAUAAUUCAUUGUAUCCAUAUGAAUUUAAUAUAAUAAAUAAUAUAUUACAUCAUUCUUCUAAUAAAAAAAAUGUUCAUGCACGAAAAAAAAAUUAUGAUAAAUAUAUUUACAUCCAAAAUAAAGAUAAAAUUCAUAAUGAAAUUAUAUCAAUAAAAUACAUUAAAAAUAAUGAUAAGAAUAAGUAUAGUUUAUAUAAAAAGGUAAUCAAUAAAAAAGUACAUGAUAAUGGUAAGGUACAAAAUAACGAAAUGAGUUUUGUUAAUAGCAUUAGUGUGCCUUCUAAUAACGAUAUUGUUGAAGCACAUCACAAUGAUGAAGAUUUUAAUUUUUUUCAGGUGAAUGUGAAUACAUGGGAAGAAAAAAAUUAUAAAAAUAAAAAUAAGCGAUCACAUAUAAAUAGAGGUGUAAAUAAUAAUUCUAUAUAUAACAUGAAUAAACAUUAUGUUAAAAAAAAUUUAAGGGAUAUAAAGAUAAAUAAAAGCAUAAUUUCUGUUAAUAAAUAUAACAAUGGUGUAAUUAGGUAUUUUAACUCCCUUAAUCAUAAUAAACACAAUAAAGAUGAAAAUUUAAACCCAAGAAUAAUUCCCCACAAUAUUUCAACGGAUGAAUGUAACAAAUAUCACAAAUGUGAAAAAAUUAACACUGAGAUUUAUAAUAAUAAAGAAAAUGAUAAAAAUGUAUAUAAUAAAAUGGUAGUAAAUAUUACCGAUAUAAAAAAAAAUAAUUGUGAAGAAAAUUUUAAUAAACUAUAUAAUUUCUCAUAUUCACAUAAGAUAAAUAAUAAUAAUUAUAAUAAUGUAGUUAAUGAACAAAAGAAUAAAGAAAACUUUAUAAUUAAACACAAUAAAUUUGAAGAAAAUAUCUAUGACAAAGUAUAUACUGAGCAAGAUAAAAUAUUUGGCAAUAUACUUCAUUCAUAUACACUAUUAAACGAUAUUAAAAAAUGUAAAAGUAAUAAUAAUUAUUUAACUCUAGAUAGUUUAGGAAAUAUUCAUUGUAGUAAAACAAAUGCAAUAAAUAAUUCGUUAGAAAAAGAAAAAGGUUCUAUAUUUAGCAUUCUCAAAGCAAAUGCCUAUCCAAUAGACUAUGAUAAUACAAAAUCUAAAAAUAAAAACGAUCCAAUUAGCAUUACCUUAAAUACUUUUAAUAAAUAUUUAAAAAAAAAAAAGUUAAAAACACCUAAAAAAGACCUCAAAAAUAUAGAAGAAAUUAUAGAAAACACUAAAAAUAUUAAAGAAAGAAAUAAUCUUAUUUUUGAAUUAAACAAGAAUAACAAUAAUGAAAGAAAUAUUGUGCAUUAUGAUAAAGUCUUUGACGAAAAUAACAUAAACACUUUUUUCAAUAAAAAAUACGGAGAAAUGAAAAUAUAUAGAAAAAAAAAUAUAUUAAAAGGUUUAAAGAGAUUUAAAUAUAUCGGAGAUAUUAAUUGCCAUUAUAUAAGAAAAAGAGACAAACAAGGUAAAAAUAAGAGUAUAAAAAAUAGAACAUAUAGAAAAAUUAUUUUAAAAUUGAAAAAAAAUUAUAAGAAAAAUGAUAAAAUAUUAAAAAAUUUAACUUAUCGAGAAAAUAUUAAUAUUAUGAAAAUUAAUUUUAACUUAAAAGAAGAAUAUAUUAUUACUCAAGAUAGUGAAAACACAUUAGAUAAAGAAAAACACAAAAGUAGAAAUAUUAUGCAUGAAAAUAUCUUUAUAAUGAAUAAAGAUAUUUAUAAUAAUAGAAAUAUAUUAAAAAAUAAAGUUUUAUAUAGUAAAAACAGUUUUAAUGUCCAGAAAAUAAAAAGAAAAAGCAACAUAACUUGUAAUGCGAUAAAUUAUAGAAACGUUUUAAAUAAUAAUACAACGAAUAUAGAAAAUACUUUAAAUCAUGCAGCAUUAUUAAAACUAUUGGAUAGUGAGAAGAAUAAUUCUAAUUCCUUGUAUUCUAUACAUAAUUUAUUUUUUUUUAAAUAUAACAAUAGAAUUAAGAGCAAAUUAGAAAUAAGUAAUUUUACAAGUAUUUAUAGAACAUUAAUAUAUAAAAAUGGUGAUUACCAUAAGCAAAAUUUUUUUUUAAAUAUUACUAAAAAUAAAAUUAAUACAAAACAAUUAGGUUAUCAUAUAUAUUUUAGAUUCAAAUUAGAUUUGAAUGAAGAAAAAAAUCACGAAAAUUCAAUUCAAGAAGAAUGUAGUAAUAUUAAAAAUAAUAUAGAAAUAUAUACGUCACAAAUUACAAAAAAUAAAAGUAUGAUGUAUCAAAGUAAAAUUACCAAUAAUGAAUAUAUAAAUAUAAAAAAAACUAUGAAUCUACAUACAAAAUUAAUUUUUUGUAUUAAAAAAAGAAUAAAUAACGAAGAAAAAUAUAAAAUAUUAUUCUCAAACAUUAGUAACUUAAAGGAAAAGAUUAAUCUUUUAAUUAAAUCAAAUAAAGAUAUAAUUAUUCCACUAUUAAAAAAGUCAGAUAUUCAUAAUUAUAAUAAAACGUUAAUUAAUGAUAAAACAAUUUCCGAAAUUAAAAAAUUUAACAUGAGAAAACAUAAAAGUAUAUGUUGCAAUUUUCAAAAUAUUAAAAGUAGUAACUUAGAAAAAUACAACUUCCAUGAGAAUAUAAUUGAAGUAAGCCAAAAUUAUAUAAAUAAUGAUAUCAAAAAAGCAUGUGUAAUUAAUAUAAUUAAUAAAUUAGAUGAAGAUAAUAUAUUAAAAGAAAUAAAAAGCUUAUUUGAAAUAAAUAAAUAUGAUAAGGAAAAAAGUUUUAAUACAGGAAAGUUAACAAAUUGUUUAAAUAAAAUAAAUAAGAAAAAAGUGGUAAAAAUAACAGCAAACAACAAAAAUUUUAAGGAAACGAAUAACUCUAUAAAAGUGAAUAAAACUAAGAAUAUAAAUAUAAAAAUGAGCACAAACACACACAAAGAAAUUAAAUCAUCAUAUUAUUUAAACAUAAGGAUUGACAGUAAAAUUAGUAAGACUAAAAAAAAUAUGAACAUGUCAAAAAAAAAAUUAAAUGUAAUAAUUUUUAAUUUAAAUGAAAAAGAAAUGAAUGACCUAAAAUGUAAAAGUACUUUAGAAAUAAUAAAUCCAAACAAAAUGAUAAGAAAAGAAAAUAAUUUUACUUUUUUAAAAGUUAAAAUUAAUAAUCAAUUAGAAAAUAAAUCAAAAAAAUGCGAAAAAAUAAUUAGUAAUAAUAUUAGCCAAAAAAUAGGAAUUAAAAAAGACUUUAAUAUUAAAAAUGAAAUAAAUAAUAUCAGUAGAAAUUAUGAAGGUUUAAUUUCACUAUCUACAAAUAAUUAUAAUAAUGAAUUAAUUAAUAAAAAUAAAAUACAAACAAAUAAAAAAAACGUUCAAGAAUGCAAAAAUAUUAAAUGUCAAGAGAGUUUGCUAUAUGAAUUAAUCAACAAGGAUGACAAUAGAACUAAAAUUCAAAAUUUCCUAAAUAUAUCUAAUAAAAAUGAAGGAAUAAAAAAAAUAAAAAAUAAUGAAGAGAAAUAUAUAAAAAGUAAUAAAAUUGAAAUAGAUGAAAAGGAAUUAUUAAAAAAAAAUGAGAUCAAAAAAGGUAAUAUAUCUGAGAAAAAUAAUAAUUAUAAUAAAAAUCGAAAUAAUGAAAAAAAUAAUAAUAUCAAGGGGAAAUAUGAGGGUUUAAUUUCACUAUCUACAAAUAAUUAUAAUAAUGAAUUAAUUAAUAAAAAUAAAAUACAAACAAAUAAAAAAAACAUUCAAGAAUGCAAGAAUAUUAAAAGUCAAGAGAGUUUACUGUAUGAAUUAAUCAACAAGGGUGACAAUAGAACUAAAAUUCAAAAUUUCCUAAAUAUAUAUAAUAAAAGUAAAGAAACAAAAAAAAUAAAAAAUAAUGAAGAGAAAUAUAUAAAAAGUAAUAAAAUUGAAAUAGAUGAAAAGGAAUUAUUAAAAAAAAAUGAGAUCAAAAAAGGUAAUAUAUCUGAGAAAAAUAAUAAUUAUAAUAAAAAUCGAAAUAAUGAAAAAAAUAAUAAUAUCAAGGGGAAAUAUGAGGGUUUAAUUUCACUAUCUACAAAUAAUUAUAAUAAUGAAUUAAUUAAUAAAAAUAAAAUACAAACAAAUAAAAAAAACAUUCAAGAAUGCAAGAAUAUUAAAAGUCAAGAGAGUUUACUAUACGAAUUAAUCAACAAGGAUGACAAUAGAACUAAAAUUCAAAAUUUCCUAAAUAUAUCUAAUAAAAGUAAAGAAACAAAAAAAAUAAAAAAUAAUGAAGAGAAAUAUAUAAAAAGUAAUAAAAUUGAAAUAGAUGAAAAGGAAUUAUUAAAAAAAAAUGAGAUCAAAAAAGGUAAUAUAUCUGAGAAAAAUAAUAAUUAUAAUAAAAAUCGAAAUAAUGAAAAAAAUAAUAAUAUCAAGGGGAAAUAUGAGGGUUUAAUUUCACUAUCUACAAAUAAUUAUAAUAAUGAAUUAAUUAAUAAAAAUAAAAUACAAACAAAUAAAAAAAACAUUCAAGAAUGCAAGAAUAUUAAAAGUCAAGAGAGUUUAC